UUGGAUGAUGCUUCGCUUGUCUUCGGCUGCCAGCGUCAUCAAGCAUCUGUCUUCAUCAUCAUCAUCAUCAUCAUCAUCGCUUCAGCAGCGAGAAACAAGUGUCUGAGCACACACACACACACACACACACACACACACGCGCGGACUUCAGCAUCACAGCCGAGCUAGCAGCACUCUUCCUCUUCAGCUCAUGUUGAUCGCGGGGGAUAAAGUGUGAGUAUGGCAUCAGUUUAUGCGGUGGCACGCGUUUUUCUUUAUCUUACCAUCGUCAGAGUUUACUUGGUUAACUCGUCAGAACUGAACGGAGAUAUUCCUGCAACACAGCAUUCACUCCACAGUCCUGCCCGAGACAUGAUGACUGUUAAUAUGUACAGAGUGUAUGAUAAAUACAGCAAGAAGCACCAUCAUCAUCAUCAUCAUCAGCAACAACAACAACAACAACAACAACAACAACAACAACAACAGAACAUAAAUACAGUCCGAAGCUUUAGAGGAGUCCCAGAGAUCUCCCAGCACAAGGUCGUGUUCCACUUCAACCUGACCUCUAUCCCCGAUUCAGAGGUGAUACUGAUGUCAACUCUACACUUUCUUGACCAACAAGCUGGUCAGCGGUCUUGGGCCUGCCGGCGUUCCCGAGGAGCCGCAUGCCGUCUCCAGCUCCUUCGGUCCUCCACCAUCACACAUCUCAUCAUGAAGGGAACAUCGCCAAACGCUGCGGUCCCCUCGCAGCUGAGCAACAUCACGCUGUCUCCUAACAGAAAGGGGCUUUGGCAGAUUACAGACGUAUCAUCAGCUGUCAAACAAGCCCAAGUGAACGGCCAGCUCUCCAUUACUGUUGAGUUUGAGCAUCAGAGACGUCAGGAGCGCUGGUCUCCUCACAGCCUGCCGUUCAUUCUUGUAUACGCCGAUGACGUUGCAAUAACGGAGCCCAACAGUGUUGCUGUGAGUCUACAGAGAUACAGUCCAUCCCCUGUGCAUGAGGACACCAGGACCAGAGCACCUCCAUCUUCAUUCAACUCUAGAAUCAGAAGGGAACUGGAUCACCUGCAGAGCAACUACCUACCUGACAUCCCAUAUAAUGAUCUCAAGAGCAGGGAGAUAUGGGACGGCGUCGUCUUUGAGAAAAAGCCCAAAUCCUUGUCCAAAGCUCAGGAAAAUCACGGAGGAGUGAGAGGGUCGAGGGAGCUCAGCUUUGACGAGAAGACCAUGAAGAAAGCCAGACGCCAGCAGUGGAGUGAGCCUCGAGUGUGUUCACGCCGUUACCUGCGGGUGGACUUCGCAGACAUCGGAUGGAGCGAAUGGAUAUUGGCACCGAAGGCAUUUGAUGCUUACUACUGCGCAGGAACAUGCGGAUUCCCCAUCCCGAAGGUUGUCAAUCCGUCCAAUCACGCCACCAUCCAGAGUAUCGUGAGAGCCGUAGGGAUCGUCCCUGGAGUCCCCGAGCCGUGCUGCGUCCCGGAUCAGAUGAGCUCUCUGACUGUGCUCUUCCUGGACUCCAGCAGGAACAUGGUCCUGAAGAUCUAUCCCAGCAUGUCUGUGGAGACCUGUGCCUGUCGAUGAACCAGCUAACGGACAUAAAUAUUCACACCCUGCAGAUCACAACACACUCAGCUGAAGUCGAUGGGACGAAUCCCUGCAAAUAAGACCUGAACACCUCAAAUUACACAGGAUUUCCCUUUGCACACAAACAUUGCAUCAUCUUUCCAGUCUUUCUUAUUGAAUGAAUUGUAUAUAAACCUUAUUGUAACAUGUAGUAAGCAGAACUGUUUUCAUUUUGAUAAAGCGUUUCUGUAAAUAAAUCCCGUAACACUUUUCAUUAAGCUAUCAUUUGUUAACAUUAGUGAACUAUGAGCAAUAUAUUUUGUUAAUAAAAAUACAGUUUGUUCGUGUUAGCUCAUUAAUGUAAACAGAUGACUUUUAAAGAUUAAAACUUAUUAGUAGUCAAUGUAGAAAUGAACCAAGAUGAAUAAAUUGUUACUUAAUGUUAACUAAAGUAGUUAACUAAUGUUAACAAAUGAAACAGUUUUGUAAAGUUUCAAAACUUCAACCUAGGAAUUAAACACCUGGGAUCUUGAAUGGAAAGAAACUUUUUGGUAAUUUGUGAGAAUAUGAAGGAAACUGCUGCCAUCUAGUGCUUCGUGAUCUGACAUUCAUAUCAAAGUUUCUCCUUCGAGGACAGACCUUUUAGAUUAGAAGAGAUACAUUGAUUAGCCAUGUCUAUAGAAAAGGAGUUAAGUGAUAGAUUAGUACGUUUUAAAAUAAAUAACAACCCAGAGGUUAUGAUUUCUGAUACUUUAUCAAAGCAAUUACAUGUCGAUUGUAAUUAUUUAUUUUCCAAACUGUAUUGUUUACAACUUUUUAUGCAAACAAUUUUUGUUUUUUUUCUGUAAUCCUGGAGGACUUUUUGUGAAUAAAGGUUUAAUGAGUUGUAUUAGGAAUGUACAGUAGAUUAUUUACAACAGCAGAGCAAAGUUCAAUUUAGACCAUUAACCCUUGCACAACCAGAUCCCAGCUUUUGAAUUUUAGUGGGAGCUUGACUGAAUAAAUGAGGGAAGCACUGGAAUCUAAAAUGUUAAUAUUUAUCACAUCCGAGGAUGAUUAGCUGAAGCAUCUUAAAUACACACACAAGCACAUGAUGGAGUUGCUUUAGUAAGAACAGCCUGAAGUAUGACCCUGUGAAUAAGGCAUUGGUUUUCAGAAGUGUGUGUUUACAGAACCCUCUUUAACUACAAGCUUCGUCGUACACGGUAAGUGCAUAGCUUACGGUCUCUGAGACAGAGGCAUUCGAUUCUGGGAACACGAGGAGUCGGGACUGUAUCCAAAGCCAGAUCAUUGACUUUUUCCAUACCAAAGAUGAUGUUUUUGACUCGUUUAUUAAUCUCUCUUUCAUGUUCUUUAUUCCAUUAGACAGGGCAACAAAACCCAACACAGACUGCUGUUCAACGUUUCCAUCCCAAAUCAUGAAGAGAUCACAUCAGUCCAGCUGAGGCUGUUCACUCUCUGGGAAGUAAUGUAACUCAUCACAUUUGAUUACUUUUCUAAAUGUCUAAUUAAUGUUUUCAACUGUUGAAUAUAUUAAAACCUUUAACGCAUUAUUAAAAUGUUCUUCAAGAUAAAAAAAAGGUUUACUUUAAGAACUGAUCACUGAGAGAC